AUGCACAGCCUCGUCCUCCUGUGCGCCCGCCGCCUGCUCGGCCACCGGCCCGACGCCCGCCGCGCUCUGCCCUUCCUUCCCUCCGAGCUCUACCCCGUCCUGUUCCACGCGGCCUUCCUGGACGGCCGCGCGCUCGCCCUGCAGGACCUGGUCACCUCCUGGCCCUUCCCCGUGCUCAGCUUCCGGUGCCUGCUGGGCCGCUGCAGGCACCCCCGGCACCGCGCCCACCGCGCGCCCCCCGACAAGCUCUGCGUCCAGGCCGUGCUCGCCGCCGUGGUGGCCACCGUACGGAGGGCGCUGGAGGAGGCACAGCAAGGGCCCAGGUAUGGGGGUGCCCUGGGGCUCUGGUUCCAUGGGGUGGUGGUGGUGGUCAAUGGUGGACUACAGUGCCACCUGCGGGUGUUGGACAUGACCGGGCUCCAGGACCACGACAGCCCCAGCGACCGCGGGCCGGAAGGGCUGAGCCUGUGGUCCGGCACAGUGGCAUUGGCCAAAGCUUGCCUCGAGGUGGCCAAACACCAAAGGGAAGUGCAGAAACGCCAUCCCUCGGGAAGCUCCUCCCCACCCCAUCCCAUGGGCGUGGAGAUCCGCGCCGACCUCUUCGUCAACAGCACGUCCUGCGGCGUGCUCCGGGAUGCUCUGCUGGCCGGGGGCACCGCGCUGCGGCUCCGCUGCCGGGAUCUCCACACCGAGGAGCUGUCGGCGAGCGGGAUCGUGGCGCUGUUGGAAUGCCUGGAUGCCGGCGGCGUGCGCCGCGUGGAGCUGCGCUUCAACAACCUGGGGCUGGCCGGGCUCUGCACCGUGGUGCCGCGGCUCAGCCGGUUCCAGGAUCUGCUCAGCCUCAAGCUGCCCUACAGCAACGUGGACGUGCGGCACCACGCGGCCGGAGCCGAUGCCGGGUUCCGGCGCCUUUCCACGCACCUCGGGAAGCUCCGGGCGCUCCGGGAGCUCAAUUUGGGAUCGUCGAGGUUGUCCGGGAAGCUCAGGCAGCUGCUGCGGAACCUGGAAGCUCCUCUGGAAAGCCUGGAACUGGCCUUCUGCUACCUCCUUCCCGGCGACCUCACCUUCCUCUCCCAAAGCAUCCAUGCUCCAGCCCUGAAGAAGCUGGACUUGAGCGGCCACCCCUUCACCGAGAGCCUUCUCCAACCUCUCUGCUCCCUCUUGGAGAACUCCUCCUCCCUCCUGCACCUGGACCUCAUGGAAUGCCAACUCACCGACUCCCGCUUGGAAGCCCUUCUCCCCUCUCUGUGCCGUUGCUCCCUCCUCCGAUGCUUGGGCCUCUUUGGCAACCCCUUGUCCACAACGGGCCUCAAGACCUUGCUCCAGCGAACCUCCGUCCUGCAGGACCUCUGCCUCGUGGUCUACCCAUACCCCGUGGACUGCUACAGAUGGGACACACCACAGCCACCAGUAGCAUCCAUUGGGAUGCCCGAGGAUGCUCUGGAUGAGGAGCGCUUCACCGCUGUCAGCGCCGAGCUCUGCCGCAUGCUGGCGAGCGCCGGCAGGGACAACGCCACGUGGACCGCCAACCUCUGCCGCCACGGCACCCUCGACUACUUCACCUUGGCAGAGCUUCAGCCCACCCCGCAGCGCUGGUGA